GCAAAUUUUAUCAAGACAUCAACGGGCAAAGAGAAAGUCAAUGCUACACUGCAAGCCGCAUAUGUGAUAUGUCAGGCUAUCAAGCAGUUCGAGAUUGCUACAGGGAAAAAGGUUGGUUUGAAAGUAGCAGGUGGUAUAAGAACAGCACUGGAAGCGCUACAGUAUCGAUGUCUGGUGGAAGAGAUGCUUGGUGACGAUUGGCUUACACCAGCGCUGUUUCGCAUUGGUGCAAGCAGUUUGUUAGAUGGCAUUCUACAGACUUGA